AUGGAUAUGCUCGCCGGGAGGGGUUCCUCCCGACGAGCUGGAUUGUGUUCCAGCUCGCCGGGAGGGAUUCCUCCCGGCGGUGUUGCCUCUCUUGGCACCGGGUAUCCCUUGGGAUACCCGGAUAUCCGCCAGGUUUGGGCGGCAAAACAGCCAUCCGCAGCCGAAACCGCACCCGCUGGCGGGUAUCCGCUGGCACUGGCGGGUAUCCGCCAGCGGAUAGCGGAUAUCCGCGGCGGAUUAUCCGCGACCAUCUCUAGAAGACUCGCGAUGAUAUUCCUCGAUCACUGCUGGGGCAUCUUGAAGGACUCCCCGAAAUGGCAAGCAACUCAGAACGAGAACGAAGCUCGAGGGAAGAAGGCCGACCAAUCGCAAUCUAGGACGACUUCCGUGGCCUCCGAUGCACCAGCCUCCACCCCUGCCGCUUCAAGCCCUGGAAUCAUCGAUGUGGACGAUAACGACUCUGAAAUCAGUCGAUCGGUCCUUGGGAACGUUCGUGUUGAGGGGCAGAAAGCCGCAAAGAGGAAACGAGCCGACGAGUGCUCCAUUGAGAAGAUAGUGAGAAUGCAAAAGGAACUCGUUCAGAUAUCGCGUGAUCGGUUAUCUUUGAUGAAAGCGGCGAUGCAAUCAACUUCGGACAAUGCGAUCAUGUCGCAAGAUCUCAGCAUGAUGGAUGAGGAAAGUCGAGUGUAUUACCUCAAGAAAAAAAGAGCAAUUAUUGCCCGGGAGGAACAGGAAGAGAAGGAGAAGGAAGAGAAAGAGAAGAAGGAAAAGGAGGAAAAGGAGAAAAAAGUGAGGGAAGAAAAAGAAGAAAAGGAAAGACAAGAGGAGGCAGAAAAAAAAAGGAAGCAGAAGGAAGCAGAAGCGCUGGAAUAUGAAUCCGACGAUGAUGAAGAAUCCGAAGGGGAUGAAGAAACUGAAUGA